AUGAUUACACUUUUGGAAAACAUGCUUAAUCAUCAUCCAUGGUCUCCAGCAAGAGGCAACGCUUUUAUAUUACUUCCAGCGAUGGACCAAUCUGAUCAUAAAGUAAUCAUAAAUGCAAUAAACACAUUACUUGAUGAAAAUAUUGUGAAAGAAUAUACCGUGAUUGGAAUUCCACUAAUACAUUUAUCAUCAAAUGAAUUUAUCGAUGAUUUACUGGAAUCUUUAAGAAAUGAAAGUGCCAUAAAAACUUAUGAAAUAUUAAAAAUAUUCACAGAAUUUGCUUUAAAUGAGAAAAUUGAUACGAAUAUUAAUCAUGAAGAUUAUAUCGCAAAUUUUAUUAUAACAUAA